GUCUGACCAAGAACCUUGCUAUUUUCCUUGGAUUCCUUUCCUCACUAAUUAUUACUUAUCACCCACUUGUCUGUUCUCAAUUUCCCAGAAUUGCAUCACAUUCCCAUAAAUCCCAUGCAUUGUUCAACCUUAAACCAGCCAGCCAGCACCACAUAUAAGAAGAGUACCUACUGCACGGUCAGAAGUCUGUGCAUAAAAGCCCACAACACAGAGAACUAGCUAGCUAGCUUCCGCUUUUUGUGAAGGAAGACGAUGAGCGAGCAGACGGCCGCGGCGGCAGAGAUAUGUUCGGCACCGAUGACGCCGAGGCCCGGGACGGCGCUGUCAACUCCCCCGGUGUCUUGCCCGCCCUCGCAGUUCCACUCGCCGUCGCUGACCAGAUCGCCGCUGCUUCACGCAGAGCAUGAAGGAGCAGGAGGAGGAGUAGCCAUGGGCAAUAAGAAAAGGAGUAGUACUCCUAAGACUCCAAGAACACCGAUGAGAAUAUCUCUAACUCCUCGAUUCAUAACGCCUCUGGGGAGCCCGAUGAGGAAGGCUCUGCGCCUCACGAAGCUGGAUCCGCAGGACGCCUGGCUUCCUAUAACAGAGUCCAGAAAUGGGAACGCCUACUACGCAGCUUUCCACACGCUCUGUUCUGGGAUUGGAGUCCAGGCUCUUAUCCUUCCUGUGGCCUUCACCAUCCUUGGCUGGACGUGGGGAAUAAUCACCCUGACCGUAGCAUUCGUAUGGCAGCUUUACACCUUAUGGCUGCUCGUCAAUCUUCAUGAAUCCACCCAAACUGGGAUGCGCUACAGCAGAUACCUCCAACUCUUCGAUGUUACAUUCGGUGAGUGGUUAGGGAAGCUGCUGGCUAUAUUCCCAGUAAUGUACCUAUCCAUCGGCACAUGCGUUGCACUGAUCAUCAUCGGGGGCUCAACCUCGAAACUGUUCUACCAGAUACUAUGCGCUACGACAUGCACGGCGGCGCCGCUGACGACGGUUGAAUGGUACUUGGUGUUCACGAGCGCCGCGGUGAUACUGUCGCAGCUCCCAAAUUUGAACUCCAUAGCGGGGGUGUCGCUGAUAGGGGCGGUGACCGCCGUAGGGUACUGCACCAUCAUAUGGGUGGUGUCGGUGGCGGAGGGCAGGCUGCCCGGCGUUUCCUACGAUCCGGUCAGACCCAAGGAUGAGAUUGGUAGGGUGUUUGGCGUCCUAAACGCGCUUGGGAUCGUUGCUUUUGCUUUCAGAGGCCACAAUCUUAUCCUUGAGAUACAGGCAACGAUGCCAUCCAGUGAGAAGCAUCCAUCGCACGUGCCGAUGUGGAGGGGAGUGAAAUUUGCUUAUCUUAUAAUUGCCGCAUGCUUGUUUCCCCUUGCCAUUGGUGGCUAUUGGGCUUACGGUCACAUGAUACCACCAAAUGGGAUGCUGACGGCUCUGUACACAUUCCACUCGCGCGACGUGUCGCGGUUCGUGCUGGGCCUUACCAGCUCCUUCGUCAUCAUAAACGCCCUAAGCUCCUUUCAAAUCUACGGCAUGCCGACCUUCGACUUCAUCGAGUCCAUCUACACCCGCCGGAAGAAGCAUCCCUGCCCUUGGUGGCUCCGCCCCAUCUUCCGGGCGGUGUUCGGUUACGGCUGCUUCCUUGUGGCGGUGGCCAUUCCCUUCCUGGGCAGCCUUGCGGGCCUCAUCGGAGGGUUAGCGCUCCCCGUUACAUUGGCUUAUCCCUGCUUCAUGUGGGUCAAGAUCAGGAAGCCCAAAAUGUACGGUGCAAUGUGGUGGCUCAACUGGGGCCUGGGGGUUCUCGGUAUGGCCCUUAGCGGUUUGUUGAUCGCCGCCGGUACCUACGUCAUCAUUGAUACCGGCGUUGAAGUUAGCUUCUUCGAUCCUAAAUGAAGUGAAUGAGCCUCCCAACAUAUCGAUGAAGUCUUGAUUCUUUUAAAAAGAGGAAAAGAAAUUGUGUUGGAAACUUUACUUGUUAUUAAUAGCGGUGAUGGCUUCCAAAGUGGGAGGAGCUAGAUUGCACCUUAAAUUUGGAAAGGGGAAAAAAAAUUGAGAUGGUUUUUUUUUGCAUGUUAUUUUUCGGAAUUGUAUUGGUGUUUGACGUCUUCCUAAGGGGAAGACAAAGCAAGAAACACCCAAAAGAAGCAGGAAGAUAAAAGGUCCUUCAUUUUAUGCAGAAA